GACAUGCUCCCCGCGUCAGAAGCCGCUAAGAUCUACCAGACCAACUACGUGCGGAACUCGCGCGCCAUCGGUGUGCUGUGGGCCAUCUUCACCGUGCUCUUCGCCAUCGUGAACGUGGUGUGCUUCAUCCAGCCCUACUGGAUCGGUGACGGCGCGGAGACCCCGCAGGUCGGCUACUUCGGCCUCUUCCACUACUGCAUCGGGAACGGCGUGGCGCGCGAGCUGGCCUGCUACGGCACCUUCUCCGACUUCAGCUCCAUCCCGUCAGGAGCCUUCAAGGCCGCGUCCUUCUUCGUGGCCACCUCCAUGGUGCUGGUGCUCGCCUGCAUCGGCUGCUUCGCGCUCUUCUUCUUCUGCAGCACCGCCACUGUCUUCAAGAUCUGCGGCUGGAUGCAGCUGGCGGCAGGUACAUGCCUGGUCCUCGGCUGUCUCAUCUACCCUGAUGGCUGGGAUGCGGAGCAGGUGAAGCGGAUGUGCGGAGAGCAGACGGAUAAAUACACGAUCGGAGAGUGCUCGGUGCGCUGGGCCUACAUCCUGGCCAUCAUGGGCAUCUUGGACGCCCUCAUUCUCUCCUUCCUCGCCUUUGUGCUGGGAAACCGGCAGGAUGGCCUUAUGGGAGACGAGCUGCUGGGAGACAGUAAGAGGAAUAAACUGUACUUCCUGUUAAAAAACGGUGUUUAUUUCUUCUAA